AUGGCGGUCGUCAAAACAGAACAAGGAAUGCUGAGAGGCAUUAGUUGUAAUACUGAAAAUAGUAGAUUUCAUGCUUUUAAAGGAAUACCAUAUGCGAAACCACCUAUUGGAAAAUUGAGAUUCAAGGCACCACUACCGCCGGAGUCCUGGACAGGUGUCCGGGAUGCCUACGAACAUGGACCAGUAUGCCCACAUUACAACGAACGGCUCGACAAAAUAGAAACGGGAAGCGAAGAUUGCCUCUAUCUUAAUGUCUACACAAAAGCAGUAAACACUAAGAAUCGUUUACCAGUUUUAGUUUGGAUUCAUGGUGGAGCUUUCUACACUGGAUCAGGGAAUUCAGAUUUUUAUGGCCCAGAUUUUUUUAUGGAACAUGAUAUUGUAAUGGUAACUUUCAAUUACCGACUAGAAGUUUUUGGUUUUCUUUGCCUAGAUAAUGAGGAGGUUCCAGGUAACGCAGGCCUCAAAGACCAAGUCGCAGCACUGAAAUGGAUAAAAAAUAAUAUAACUGCAUUUGGAGGAGACCCUGAAAACGUAACAAUUUUUGGAUGUAGUGCCGGAGCAGCCUCUACAUCUUAUCACAUGUUAUCAGAUAUGAGUUCUGGACUCUUCAGCAAAGCAAUUUGUCAAAGCGGUGUAUGUCUUAACGAAUGGAGCUAUAAUAUUUACGCUCGUCAAAGAGCUUUCCAAUUAGGAAAAUUGCUGGGUAAAGACACUGAAGAUGUUAAUGAGUUACUGAAGUUUCUGAGAAAUGUACCUGCUGAAUCUUUGAUCAAUGUUAAGUUACCCGGAGUCAACACCGAUUACCCCGAUAUAAGUGACAGUUUAAUGUUUUCGCCCGUUGUUGAAAAUUCUAAUUUAAAUGUAGAAAAAUUCAUCAGCGAAUGUCCGCCUAUAUUAAUAAAGAAAGGCCAUAUAGCUAAAAUUCCCUUGAUGUUGGGCUAUACAUCAGCAGAUGGCAUUGAAAUUUGCCGUGAUUUUCCGAAAUCUUUAUCUUUUUUAUCAAAAAGGGGUAUUGUUAUACCCAGAGAAAUCAAAUUAAACAUGUCAUUAAAUCAGAUGAAAAUUUUAGAUGAAAAGAUCCGACUAAAAUACUUCGGAAGUACGACCAUUACAGAAAAAAUGCUCGAAGAAUGUGUAAAUUUAACAACUGAUAUUAUUUUUGCUUAUAAUACAAGAAGGUUAGCACGGUACCAUUUUAAAAACACAUCAAUGCCGAUUUAUUUCUAUAAAUUCACAGCAGAAACCGAACGAAACUACAUGAAGAAGAAAUAUAAAAUGGAGCAGGUGCCUGGAGUAUGUCAUGGAGACGAGCAAUUUUACCAAUUUAAUGUUAAAAACAUUGAUAUUCCUUUAACAAUCGAUUCCAAGGCUGUUGUAGAAAAUGUAGUUAAAUUAUGGGUUAAUUUUGCAAGCUAUGGAAAUCCGACACCAGAUUGCGCUGAAGUCGAAUGGAAACCGUUCACAGAACAUGAGAAGAAUUGUUUCAUUAUAGAUAGAUAUUUGAAAUGCACAGUAAACGUCGACGAAGAAAUAAUGCUGUUCUGGGAUGAAAUAUAUAGAGAACAGCGGAUAUAA